CGAGUUUCUGCCGCGGAUUGUACGGUGCGAGUACGAGUACUUGCCGAAAGAAUACGAGUACUCCGGUGCGACCCGAUCCCUCGCACGCCAUGAGCGGAGAAACCACCCCCGCGCACCAUUGCGAUCAGCAGCGGUCGUCGCUGCUGGCCGAGGCCCUGGACCUUCCGGUGCUGGACCACCGUGCAAGAACGGAACAGCAACAGGAACAGCGACAAGGGAGCAACCCCUGUGCCGACCGGCCUCCGCCGUCCGCCUGCCCGGGGCACUCCGGCAAUCCUUGUGCGGAGGAAAGCAAUCUCCUCCUCUCGCAAUCUCCCGCUCUGCUGCCGGAGGCAGGAAUGACGGCGAGCUUCGACACGCCCGUCAUCAGGAACCACAAGCUCCGCCCCCCCGCCGUGCCCCCGUCGAUACCGACCACCCCAACGACGACCAUGCCCACGAACCCCGUCCCGAUCGCCAAGCACCCGCAGAACGGCCACACCGAGACCUACCUUCCGGACGACACGGCCCCCCGCCACUCGGACUUUACGGUCCCGACCUCCAACUCGGGGGAAAGCCCAAGGGCCGGCUGCGAGAUCCAUCGCCUGGAACCCCCGAUGGCCAUCGCGCCGGGUCGGGCGGCGCUUCCGAACCCCGCCCCCGGGAGCCAGCGGAGCAUCCUGGGGAGCAGCGUCGGCAAGAAAUACCACUGCAGCGAGACCGACCGCAAACACUUUGUCCGGAUCCUCCCGGGGCCGUCCGCGGGGGCGCAACGGGGGGACUACGGGAGCAUCAUGCCGCCGCCCCCGCCGGUGGUGGCAACAACUACGGCGGCGGCGACGACGACGGCGACGAUGCGGGGCCCAGGAGACGAGCCCGUGCGGGUGCCAACGGACAAAGCCGGCGAGAGGGGACGGCCGGCCUUGUCCACGGCAACGGGCGGUACGGACCGGUCGUCCCGGAUGCUGCCCAAGGUGCUGCCCGCCGAAAAAGACAACGGCAAAUACGACAACUACUGCGACCAAAUCGAACGGGUCGAACACCAGCUCACAAAGGGUUCCACGGGUGCUUCUCGCGACUUUUGCCACCCGGAACGCCAGAGCCUCCUCUUCGAAAGCAACAGCAAUUCGGAGUGUUCGAUACACCAGCACUGCGACGGCAUCGACGGGGAUGGCAAAGGCAACAGCAAUAGCAAUAGCAACAGACACCACUACAGCUCGCUCCACAAAAGCGUGCACGCACAGUCGCUGCUGGUGGGACUGGCCUUUAUGGUCAUCUGGUUGCCCAACAAUGCCAUGGCACCCAACCUGACCCAGAUGGCCAAGUCCUUUGACAUGAACGACGCCGAGCGCGACCUGUACCUCGGGUCCUACUGCGCGCUGGCCCUCGGGGUCUUUUCCCUGCCGCUCUCGGGAUUCAUCGGAUUCAUGGCCGACUUUCACUCCCGGAAGAACCUCUUCCUGGCCUGCUGCGUUUUCGGGGCCCUUUCGUCGGCCUGGACCGGGUGGUCCCCCAACUACCCCAGCCUGUUUCUGGCGCGCCUGUGCAACGGGGGCUGCAUGUCCGGGAGCGUCCCGGUGGCCUUUAGCCUGCUAGGAGACCUGUUUUCCAAGGAAGAGCGCAACGCCGCCAGCUCGGGACUGACCUCCAUGAUGGGCAUGGGAAUCACGCUGGGCCAGAUCUAUGCGGGCGAGGUCGGUCCAACCAGGAGCUGGCAGUAUCCCUUUUACGCCUCGGCGUCGGUGCAGCUGGUCAUGGCGAUGAUGAUUGCCCUGUGGGUCGAGGAGCCGAUCCGGGGCGGCAAGGAGCAGGCCCUCCAGGGGGUCUUCAAGUCCGGCAACAAAUACGAGCGCCAGCUGACCAUGAAGGGCUUUGCCGACACGAUGCGCAAGAACGCUUCCAACUGGAUCCUGCUCUGGUACGGAUUCUUCACGAGCCUCCCUUGGGGCAUUGUCUUUGUCUUUUUGAACGACUAUCUCAGCCAGGAAAAGGGCUUUUCCGUCCAGGAGGCUACCUUCUUGGUCAUGCUGUUCGGUGUCGGGUGUGCCAUUGGCGGACUCACCGGCGGCUAUCUCGGACAGCUCUUCAUGAGGGGAAACCGGAGCAACCUGCCGCUGUACAUGGCUGUGUCUACUUUUUUGGGGAUCUUUCCCUUCCUCCUGCUGCUCAACUCGGAAUUCCCGAACCACAACGGGAUCCGGUCCAAGUUUUACUCGGUCCUCGGCGGCUGCAUCGCGUCCCUUCCCUCGGUCAACGUCCGGCCCUGCAUCAUCAACGUCAACCCGCCGGAGUCGAGGGGGGCCGCCCUCACCGCCGCCAACCUCUUCGUGACGCUGGGACGCGGCAUCGGCCCCUGCUGCAUCACCCUGCUGGGGUCCGUCUUUUCCCUGAGUCGCCAGAGCUCCUUCAACACCACCCUGCUGGUCUUCUGGACAAUCGCGGCGGCCCAGAUGCUCUUUCUGGCCAAGACGCUGCCCGAGGACCAGGACCGGAUGGAGGAGGCACUGGCCCGGUACGCGGCCACCGCACAGGGCGGCAGGGGAACCACCUGCGAGGACGGCGAUCCGCAGCAGGACGAGGAAACCACGGCGAGCCCCCUCGGCCGACGGGCCGGGUCCGAUGGAUCCCUCGAGCCCAUCACGCCGGAGCGCCGGAGGUCGGUCCCCGCCGGGGAGGACGACGGGGACGAGGCCCUGUACAGCUCGUACAGCUCCAUGGUGAGCAGCCCGCCGGCCCAGUACAUGACCAUCGACCGGAAGACCGCCCGGCAGUCCAUCCAGUUCGUCAGGCUCGGCAUCCAGGAGUUCGGCGACGAGAUCACCUACCGGAACACGAUUUGCCGCGGGUGCGACACGAUAUCGCCCUGCCCGUCCCAGGACGACCUGCCGACGACGUCCGUCGCCGCUGCCGCCAUUGCGGCGUCGGCCCUGUUGGACGACCACCACGACGAGGGGGACGACGGCGCGAGCAUCCUCCAGGAGGACCACGACACCACCAUCCCGGAAUCGGAGAUCCAGCGGCGCCGGGACCUGUGGAGGAGCCGGCAGCAGGAGCACCGGUAGCGAACGAGCGGGCGAGAGGACCGCACAAAAUCUGCUAAAUCUUGUUAACAGUAUUGUA